AACGUCUCAUAAUAACAACUCUCAUAUCACUGUGUUUUCUACUUCAAAUCACACUUCUUUGAGCUUGUAUUAUUAUUAUAUUGAAAAGUUAGAUAUAUAGAUACAUAGAUAUAGCAACAAUAUGGGUUGGACAGGAGAAGAGAACAGACGUUUUGAGGAUGCACUUGCUGUAUAUGGUCCAGAAGAUCCAAAUCGGUGGCAACAUGUGGCUAACGCUGUUGGUGGAAAAUCAAUACAAGAAGUUCGAAGGCAUUAUGAAAUCCUCAAAGAAGAUCUCAUUCGAAUUGAACGUGAUCAAGUUCCGCUACCAACUUAUAGGGGAGGAGGUUCUUCUGGUAUCAAUAUCAACAACACCAGAAGACAGUUAAUUGCUGAUGAACAAAGGAGAAUGAGGAAUCUUAAUAUCCGUUGAAGCAAAGACAAAGACUGAUACAGCUCUGGAGCAACAUGUUUUUCAAUUAAAUUAUAUUAAUGUGUUGUGUAUUUUUAAUUUGAGUGUAACAAAUGUUGUAUUAUGUGAUGUAAUGUAAUGUAAAACUAUAUUAGAAAUUA